GCACCUUAAAGGAUCUGAAGCGAACUGUCAAUAAACGCAAAGACGAAGAAACUGCUUACGUCACGUAACAGCAAGUGCAACGGUUGAGAAUGGUUACGGUCAGUUUAACACUCGUACGACAUGGGGAAACACAGUACAACAGGGAUAAGCUGCUGCAAGGUCAAGGCGUGGACAAACCUUUGUCAGAAACAGGUGUGAAGCAGGCUGAGGCUGUAGGAAAAUACCUCAGAGACAACGCAUUCAACUAUGUGUUCUCCAGUAACCUACAACGAGCCAUACAUACUGCUGAAAUAAUUCAGAGGAACAACACUCAUUGUUCUGGCACGGAGAUGGUUUUGGAUCCAUUACUCAGAGAGAGGGGUUUUGGUGUUGCUGAAGGACACCCCAAAGAGCAUCUGAAGAACAUGGCAAAUGCUGCUGGACAGUCCUGUCGUGACUUCACCCCUCCAGGGGGAGAGACAUUGGACCAGGUGAAGCUACGAUUCAAAAAAUUCCUCAAAGCCCUUUUCCAGCAAUUAUCAGUUGAACAUGGCAGGGCGGGGGCAUCAGUGGCUGCCAACGGGUCGGCAGCUGCUGCCUCAGAAGAGGCUCCUGUUGGCUCGGCUGACGACGGGCUCCAGGGAGCAUCGGUCCAUGCUCUGGUCGUGAGCCACGGCGCUUACAUCCGCGUGGCCAUCAAGCACCUUGUGGAGGACUUAAAAAGCUCUCUGCCUGCAGGAGCCAAGAUGUCCCAGGUGUUUUCUCCAUGUCCAAACACCGGCAUAAAUCGCUUCGUUUUCACUCUGAGCCCCUCCGAAUCGGGCAUGGUCCUCUCUGCUGCUCGCUGCUGCUUUACCAACAGGAAGGACCACCUGGAAUACCUCACCGCUGCUGAGGAGUGUGGAGGGAAAGAAGUGGUAUAAACGUUUUUUGUAUGCCGUUGGUGUAUUGUUGGUGUGCAGAUGUACACAGUCUAUGAAGGGAACAAUCAUCAAUCAAAAAACAGGGAAAUACAAUGCACAGUGAGAAAUAAGGUUCUCUCAUUGAUGUGUAUAUAUAAUGUUUUACUUGGAGUCAAAGGUCACUGUAAGUGUCCACGUACUGUAUUGUCAAACUGUUCCAUCAUCCUCCAGAGUAAGGCUAGUGUGGAUUUAAGUACUCAAUUCUAAUUUAAAGAACUUUAUUGCCUCUUUUAUCACGUUAUACCAAAGUCAGAAAUGUGUAAUGUAAAUUUGAACACUCCGUACGUGUGGCAUUUUAAAUGUGAUGAGUCUCUUGUGAUGCGGCUGCUCAUUUCACUUGUGCAAUACAACAUGACAAACCUGAAUCUUUGUCAAGUCUGAUAAAUAAUACAGGAUGCACAUAUCACAACUAAAAUAAAUGAAAUCCGUCCAACUCUUGGUUGUUCAAGGGUUGCUUUUAAUCUUUCUAUUAUUAGAGUACCGUUUUGAUCCCCGCUGAAUGCCUGUGCGUCGCUGUCGGUCAUGGCCUCAAUAUUUCAAACCAAAUCCAAUCUAUUUAUGCUAAUACCUAAAGCUAACAUCUAAAAACUAAAGAUUUGAAAUAAACAUAAAGGAACAACUGAUGCAUUACAGAAUGGCCUAUUUCAUAUAAUCCUAAUUACAGGAUUAUAAUUUGUGAUGUUAUCGUGUGAAGAUCCCUUUAAUGUUGCAGCUGAUAUAGGUGACUUUUAUUCUAAUUACAUUAGCAGUUAAGCAAAUGAGCUCCCAUUAAUUCAAUCAUAUUAAAUAUAAUGAUAUGAAUUCGGUCAUUCUUCAAAUUGAGCACAUUUACCUUUGUACUUUUUGUGAAGUUAACUUUUGAAUGCAGUAUUUUCACUCUGUGGUAGCACAUUACUGCUUAUACUAAAACAAAUGGAUGGAUAAUCUUCUACCACUGCGGGGAGAAAAUGCCCAGUGGCUUCAAUCAUAUCUUUGAACAGCUGAUUUAGUCAGUUUUCAAUCAUCUUGAUUGCAAAAAGUCACCUUAGGGCUUUACUGCAGUCACUUUUGAACUAUGAUGAACUUCAACAUCAAUUACAGAUUCUGAAAGAGUUUCAACAUCCUCCAGCUAUAGAGUUAGUGCCAGAUAACAGGGUAGAAACCACUUUAUUAUCUUAGUUAAUGGGUAACAAGUUAAAAAGAGAGUAAGAGCAGCACAAAGUAUUUUUAGAGUGAACUGACUCAUGUACCUGUAUGCAUAUUAAGCGGAAGAGGUGUGAACGCGCAGGAUUUCCAGCUAUAAUGAGUGGAACAGCUGAGUAACUGGGUCAAUGUUAAACCUGCUUACUCAUUCAUGACUUCCUGUCCAACAGCACAUGUUUUUGCCAAAUGAGAACACUAAAGCUUAAAAAAAAUCACAUCCUUAUACAUUUGCUUAAAAAACGUACAACACUAAACAUGUUUCCUUUAUAGUUUAUUUUGUCCAAAACACUCCAUCCACAACUCCAACUCAUACAUUCAGAGACAAACCAUGUUUUCGUGUAUGUACAUUUGAACUGUAAAGCAUCCUCAUAAAUACCAUAAAUAACAAUAAAGGAAUGGAAUUAAAUAAAUAAA